CGCCGCCCCCUUCCCUAGCAGGAGCCAAUCAGAAGUGCCGCGUGCGGAGCGUGCCAAGGUCGGGGGCGGAGCCUGCCAUUUCCCAACGAAGGGGCGCGAGUAGAACCUCGGGGUUGGGCGAGGUCGGAGGCUCGGUGGGUGUGAGAAGGGGAGCAGGCGAGCGAAUGGUAAAAAUGCUGUCUGACCAACCGAACCCUUGAAGUGCUUAAAAUAAACACAUGAAUGAGUGAAAAUCUAAUAGCUGCAAGAUGAGUACUGAAGAUAAGGAAAAUCAGCCUUUUGAAGCAGAUGAAAACACAGUGAAAACACCUUUAAAACAGAAAACUGCCUCCCAUUGGCUGUUGACAGAGAUCCAGCCAGCUGCUUCUGACCACCGGACUACACCACCAAAACCUACUGAAUUAUCUCCUGGAGAUCCAUGGACACCAACAGCCAACCUUAAAAUCCUGAUCAGUGCAGCUAGUCCUGAAAUUAGAAAUCGAGAACAGGAAAAAAAGUUGCCAGACAGUAGAAAUGAAAGACUUGAGGACUGUUUAUCAGCAGAUGAUUAUGAAAAAUCCCAACCAAGUCGUAAAGAUAAAAGUCUAGGACUACUUUGUCACAAAUUUUUGGCUCGAUAUCCUAGUUAUCCAAACACUUCUAAAAACAAUGAAAUUUGCCUUGAUGAAGUAGCAGAAGAGCUUAAUGUUGAGCGUAGACGUAUCUAUGACAUAAUGAAUGUAUUGGAAAGCCUUCACAUGGUGAGCCGACUUGCCAAAAACAAAUAUUCUUGGCAUGGGCGUCAUAAUCUUAAGAAAACCUUGUGGAUUUUGAAAAAAGUAGCUGAAGAGAACAAAUACGCACACCAAGUUGAGUUGAUUAAGAAAAGAGAAUCUGAACAAGAUUCUGAAGAAGGCAUCCAGAAGAUCGAUUUAGUGGCGAAGCAUAUUAGGCCCAACGAUCACACAGAUGUUUGCUUUGUGGAACUUCCUGGGAUGGAGUUUCGAGGAGCUUCAGUAAACAGUCAUAAAGACAAGUCUUUAAGAGUGAUGAGUCAGAAAUUUGUGAUGUUGUUUCUUGUAUCAACUCCUGAGGCUGUCAGUCUAGAGAUUGCCGCUAAAAUGUUGAUUGGUGAAGACCCUGUUGACUACUUGGAUAAAAGCAAGUUUAAAACAAAAAUCCGGAGGCUGUAUGAUAUUGCUAAUGUCCUCAGUAGCCUUGAGCUUAUCAAGAAGGUUCAUCUUACAGAAGAGAAGGGUCGCAAGCCAGCUUUUAAAUGGACGGGACCAGAUGUUUUUUCAGAUACUCAGGGUACCAAGCCUGAACCUAUGCUUGCUGUGACUGUAUCAUCUCAUACUGUGGAAGCGAAUCUUUCCAGGGAGCAUUGUUCCAAGAAUCUUUUCCCUACUGGAAACAAGAAAGGCUUUACACGACACUCGUCCUUAAUUAAAGUGGCAAAGGCUACACAAAGUGGUUGGAGAAAGAUUCAUUCGGCACCAAGCAGUCCUAUCAAGAAAAAUACAAGUCAGAUUCCCCCAAUGAUUCCAAGCAAGAUGGCUCAACUUGCAGCAGUAUGCAAACAACAGUUAGAUGAACAUUCAAGGGAUUUCAAAAAACUAGAAAUGCAAUUAGAAGAAUCCACAUUGCGAUGCUGUCCAACAUCCCCUCCUGAAUCUAAUUUGAAGCCGAAACCACUCCUGUUGUCUUCUCAGUCGAAGAGCCGACCUCUUAUUCCCAGUUCAGUGUCUCCAGGAGUGUUACCUCCUGUUCAUUCCGAGGUAUCAUAUGCACUGUUUGUGCAGCCUUCCCAAACAGGGAUAGUGACUACAUACAAUCCACAAUGCUCGGUACAGCCUGUUCCCUGUGCUAACGUAAUUGGAAUGAAAUGUCCUUUGGGACCCAGUUUACAGUCAUCCCCUGGAGAAAUGCUUACUGGAGACAGUGACUACAGCUUUGGAGAAGGCAGUCUCUGUGCUAGAAACCAGAAUCUGCUAACAGAUACAGAACAAGAAGGUACAAAAGAUGACCUGGCAUCCAAGAAAUGUUUCAAAAGAUGCAAAUCCUUAUUGAAGGAUACUCCAUUUAAAAAAUGCAAGAGUGCAGAAAUGGAGCUUCAAGAUGUGCUGCUGGGGGAAUCUGUUAGGAAUAAAAACCACCAGUCUUCUGUAGCACUGCAUCUAGAUCAGGAGGUCUUAACUUCAUCAGUGAUGAAACAAAGUCAGUCUGAAAAUGCCAACCAGCACUUGGAAUGUCAACAUAAGCAGAAGGAGCAAAGAAGUAUUCUGCAGGGUGAUAAAGUCACCACAUCUCAGGAGAUAUCUGUAGCAUUUCCAGAUACUACACAGAAGACUUGGUUUCCUUCAGGUUAUCUUAUACCCCUUCCUCCGUGUGCACAUCUUUUAAGUGAAUCCACUCUCUCCAAUAAUGGGAAAGCUGAGAUAAAUGCAGACAAGAAAUCCUCUGGUUCUCCUAUUGCUGGUGGCAUUCCAGUGACAUCUGAUUUCACAGCAGUUAAUCUCCCUGCUCUUCAUGUAACACCUUUGAGCGUCUUAUUACCAUCAUCCUCAGUAGGUGCUGUAUCUGUGGUGAAUGGCACUGCUGUUGCUUUGGCACACACUAAUCCUGUUCAAGCUCCAAGCCAUUCAGUUAUGAACUUUACAUUGCAACACAUAAGACUGAUACCAACUAGCAUACAGACACCUAUAGAGCAAGUGCUUGGAUCUGCCCCAGUUUGUCAAGGAACAGAACGUGUUAAUUCUACCCCACUACAUAUAUGCCUGAAACAAAGGGGAUCUUUGCAGAAUAUCUCACCAAACUAUAACCAGGAAUUAAAUGGAAAUUCGGUUCUAGCUACUCCUUCCCAGCCGACCACUGUUCCUGUGGCUUCCAGUGAUUCUGCAAAAGGAGACAAAAACCUAUUCCAGUCGUCGUGUGAUUCAGCCAUAAUGUGUGGCUUUUGCUCAUCUUCUUGUAAAUCAGAUAAACUUUCAGCAUUGGUAGUUCAACAACAUCAACAACAAAAUCCUUGAUGUUUCAAUGGAAGAUGGUGAAUAUUAAUUUGGUAGAAUAUGCUUCCAAAUUGCAACCUGUUGUUUCUGAUUUUGUGUAUUCUGUAAAUGAUCUUUGAUCAUAAAGCUGGCUUUGUCAUACUGGAACAAAUUUCUACCUUACAGUUCUACUUGAUCAACGUUCACUUUUUGAAAAAACAAGGACAUACAUAAACAUCUGUUGGAGAAAACAAUUCCAUUUACAUUAAGAAGCAAUUUGCAGUGAGUCUGUGAAAUGUCUGUCCUCAGAGGUACAUGAAAUAAGAAAACUCUAGUGUAUUGCAUAAAAAUGUACUAAAUAUAUAAAGUACACUUUGUAUGUAACAUGCCAUAUUUUUUAAACUUGAAGGGCCCUAGUUAACAGGUUCAGAUAAUAUUUAAUUCUGUUUUUUUCAUUAGUGUUGUAAAGUUAUGUAUUUUAAUCACGUCUGUGUAAAUGUGAAAUUUAUUUAAGGCAUUAAUCAGUUUCUUCAAAUUAAAUUUAAGCCUAUAUUUUUUAAAAUUUCAUCCGUGUAUUCUUGGCAUUGAAACAGUAUUCUGGCUGGAGCAUCUUCAGGAGCAACAUGUAAAAAACAUGCCACAUGAAAAGAGAAAAGGUAUAGAUGGAACAAAACGUGAAGAUGGAGAGCUGGAGAUCUGCUUCUUAAGUAUCAAAACAGAAAAAUAUUAAGAGUUGUGUUACUGAUUGGCUUAUCAAUUCUCAUAUGAUUGUCAAAAACAAUCUAAACCAAUUUCCGCCAUUAGGAAAACUCACAAGCAUAUUUACAUUUCUUGUCCGAAUGAAAGUUUGUAAUUCACAACCCUAGACUACCCUGGCGUUGUGCUUCGUUUUGCCAGUCCUGCAAACAGAUAAUCAGAGUUUUUCCAUUUCUUUUCCCCCACGCAAUCUCUUAACUUUUUCUCCUGAUCUAGUACCUUUUUUAAUGCCUGCCAAUUCUGUUUCAGCAUGUUUUUAAUGAAUGCCUAGCAGAACAAACUACAAGAAUGUGUUUAGUAUAGGAAAAAUCAAUUAUUUCCAGCUUGGCCAUUACCCUGUUACAAGAUCAAGUGUUUUCUGUAUGCGUCAAACAGUUGGCACUCUGAAUAUUGCUCUUUUGGUUCCGUCAUUUCUUGACUAUGUGGUUUCUGUUCACGUUGCAGACAUUCCUCUCCUUUCUUUCCUGUUUGUAUCUCCAGUACCUUUAGUGAUACGCAUUUCAGACUUGCUGUGUUUUCUGCCUGCUGUAAACAUGACCUGAUUCCCUGAUUCACUCACCUGCCUUGUGAAGUUGUCUUUGAUCUCAAGUCUGGCUUCAUGUUUUUGAUGUGCAGCCUUCAAGCACUCCGGUGGCAUUCAUAGUCUCGGCACGUUCAGUUAGUUAAAAUAACUGCAUCUUGUAUGUCCAGUGUUAUUUUAAUAAUAAAUGCUGUGGUUCAUUUGAUGCAGAAAUGUAAGCCUGUGCUAAACUACUUGUGACAUUGCUUGAUUUAAAGAAGUGUAACCUGCCUCCAUUCAUUAUGGAACAAACCAAGUGAUACAACCCGAGUUUUCAAAUUAUCCUCAAUACAUAUUGCAGCCUCAUGCCAAUUUUCUGCUGAAAAUGAUGGUUUUCAGUAAGGGGGUUCUGAUAGAAAAAGAACUUGAGGUAUGAUAAAGAUGGGUAUCCCUCUCAUUGGCCACUUAAUGCUGGGCAUAAUUUCUAGGAGACGUUUAUUGCCUCUGUCUUCCAGUUGUGAACGAAUUGGUGCUCUGUGUUUGACAAAGGUUCAGAAAGUUUAAAUAGGUCUACCCAUGGACAGC